AGAAAUAAAAAAAUAAAAAAAAGGAACUGAUAAGUUUUUAUAUUUUAAAAAAUAAAAACAUAUUAUUCUAAUAAUCACAAAAAUAAUAAAAAAAACGUGACUUUUAAACUAUCGCAGGGAAACUUAAAUCAGUAAAAUUGGUUAAAUAUGAAAAUUUGUAGGUUAUAAACGCAUUGUUUUUAAAUUAUGCUUUGCAUUAAAAAAUGCAAAAAAGAAAUAGUAUAGCAUGUACUUAAAAGAUAUACUAUGAAAAUAAAAUCACAGACAAAAAUAAAAAAUUUAAUAUGCAUGAGGCAAAUAUUUCGUUUCAAAUAUCUUACGUUCACCAGAAAUCUGCAGGAUACUGCAGAAGAAGACACAAACUGGUUACACUGAAUAAUAAAAUUAUAAUUUGCCAACUGGAUGUUAAUUACCACUGUUAUUAUAAGCCUGUCUCUUAAAAACUACACUUUUUGUCGAAAUAGAUUUUCGGAGCCAAUAUUGAAAGAAACCGGAAAACAGAUUUUAAAAAUGAGUUUCAAUACAUUCUCCAUGUCCGUAGAGACCGUAAGUGUAAUUUCCAUCUACAGUUACUUCAUUUCACUCAAUGAUUUUCUAUUUUCCGAAAAUUAUCUAUCAGUCAAUGGUCUUCAAAAACCAAUUCCAGUCGUUAAUGCUUUUUAUCAAUAUUUCGACGAACAUCCAGAAAAUCUAACUGAUCUAAUUCGAAGUUUACUCGAAGGCACCGAUUUAUUCGGAGAAAAAGCUAACGAAACAUUAGACGAUUUUUUCGUUAAUACAAUGUUCGAACAUCUCAUAAGUUCCCUAGUAUUUGAAAAAUUUGGAAAUAUUUACGGCUUUCUGGCAGAAGUUGUUCGAAGAACGGACAAUUUAUUCCUUGACAAUUUUUUUCUUGAGAUAAAAAAUAAUCUCAGGGACACAAAGUUUGAGAAUCAAUACGGUAACAGUUCGUCAUUGACGCCUUUAGCUGUCGAACGAAUAUUUUUGAAUCUAAUUUCACCCUUAUUUCCAAAAGCAAAAAGUGAUACCCAUCUUCUGUCACUUGACUACAUUUAUGCGCAAGCAGGUUCGAUUUUUCUCCAACCAGCCAGAAUGAAUACCACCUAUUAUUCCAGUAUGUACGCCGAAGCAGUUGAAAUUAAUAACGAAACCCUAUUCGACGAAUAUUUACUAAUAGGUCAUUUAAUCGAGCAACUAAUAAUUAAUGAGAAAAUCGAUGUAUUCAAUGUGACAACAUUCGCAUUACCAGCACUAUUUCUCUAUGUUUCUCGAGGAAAGGAGAUAUUAGAACAAGAAAAAAUAACAAAUAUUCUCUUCAAUCAACAACAAUGGAUUCAAAUUUAUAAAGAAUUUUUCUCAUAUCUCGAUGAAACGUAUUACAAAAUAAAUGAAGCUCUGCUGUACGACACUCAAUACAAUCUCCACUUUGAAUUAACAGAAUUUAAAACAAUUUCCGUAUUGGCACGCUAUCUUAUUGAUAACGAUCUUUAUUGUGCAUCAAAAACAAAAGAGAUGAAAAGUGAAUUUGUAUCUUUCUAUAUAAAAGAUCCCAGUAAUUUCCAAUGUAGAAUUGGACAAAUUUUACCAAAUCUCACCAAACACUAUAAUCACAAGAUUGAAAAUAUAAUUAAUGCCUAUAUAAAUUACGAACAUCAGUCAAUAUCAAGAGCAAUUACAGAUUUCUUUCAUCAAUUGAAUUUAGACAUCGAUGUUAUUGUGAUAUUACUAAAUAAUAAUUUAACAGCAAGUUAUUAUAUCGAUCUAACGGAAGAGCCAACAGAUUUUUUCGCCAUUUACUACCGUGCGGAAAACACAGUCAAAUAUUAUGCCAUAAUGCGUGAAAAUUACAGAGCUUCAAUUAUUGAGAUUUUUGGAUUUCCAGAAAUAUUCGAAGAAAUUGUUUGCCAGGUAAUUGGGGAUGAAAAAAGAGAAAUUGCAUUUUUUGAUCAGACUCGUAAUAUGAUAGAGCAAAUUUUAGAAGAUCGGAGUAAUCGCCUACGAAAAGUGCUGACAUCGUCAAAAUUGAAAGACGAUUGGUGGAAGGAAUUUUCAUUGUCACUUGUACCACUUUAUCCAUGUUUAUCAGGCGCAAUUCAACACGAAAUAGACGAUCCACAUAUUUGUCAAGUGGACAUAUUCCCAAUGUAUCCAAUUAACAACAAUUCUGACGAAAUAUCUAUGAGUUUAUUAGAACCAAGAAAUGAACAAGUUCUCCACUCGUUGGGUACAAAUAUAAAAACGUUAAGUCUAAAAAACUUGAUUAAAAAAAUAGUCAACAAGAAAGAAGAUCUACAUUACAAAUCAUUGGUCGAUCACUUCGAUUUAAAACAACUCUCAACAUUUUUUACAAUAAAUCAAAUGGAAUUUAAAACGAAUCGAUUGCAAAUUCUAUCGAGACCCUGGAAUUUCACAGCGGAAAAUAUCGAUAAAUUAAUUGAUAUCCUCCGAGAGAAUAUUCGAUUGGUGAAAAUAAAAACCUCAUUGGAUUAUACAUCAAUAUUUAAUAUGUUGAACCAUGUCGACAAAUUUGUCAACCAUCUCUACAGAAUUUCCUUCAGUAAAUACAAUUAUUUCCCAAUUGAUUUUCUCGUAUUGUCACACUACUCUACCGGUGAUUCCUGUUAUGGUUACAGAUUUAUGCAAACAGAUUUUAACAAUGUUGCAAUUUUGAGAAAUAUCGACGAAUAUGAUGCACCCAGAGAAGUAUUAUUGCAGCAAACUGAAAGAUAUUCAACAAACGACAAAGAAUUUAUAGAAAUUGAUGCAAGAAGUCGUAAGGCAAUUAAUAAAUACCUCUAUGAAAUUGACAAUAAAAUUCAAUACACACCUCAUAGAUUACGCUUCAACGCAACGGAAAUAUCAAACUACUAUUUAAUCGAUUGCUUAAAAAAAAAUCCCGACUGUCCAAGAAUAAAAAAUAAGAAAAUCCAAGAAUCGAUCGUAAGUGAAAUCAUAAAAAGAUCUUUAAUCCAAUUACCAAAAAUAUCAAAAGAAAAUUUAACAAGAGUAAUAGAAAAUUACGUAUUUCCCGUUAUAAAUUUUACUGUUCAACCAUUUGUCGAUAAAUGGAAGAAUGAAACCGAUUUUCUACAUCCAAAGUUUGAUAAAAAUUUCACAAUGGAAAAUAAAGAUGAUUUUUUAAAAUUACUAUACAAUGUGUAUUUAGACGAGGAGAAUUUAACUUUAUCAAAUGUGACAACGAGAAUAAAUGCAAUUUACAAUCAAGAGGAGAGAAACCGUAUUGAAAUGAGUUCAACAUUAGAAAAUAUUCUCAUAGAUUUCGAGAAUGGUAAGGAACGAUUGUCAGCAACAUUUGAAGAUUAUUACGCACUUCGAAAUUUUGGAACAACUGGCCACAGGAGAAUAAUGUAUGACACGAACGAAGCAAAACGGAUGAAAAUUGCCCUCUAUAAAUUAGCAAUCAGACAAUCUGAUGACCGAAUUAAAAAUUUUAAUUUUGUUCUAACAAAACUGAUAUCAGUACCAGCGAAAUCUAUUAAUAAAUUAUUUUACGAUCGUGAGGAAUUGACAAUACAAAAAUUUACCUUCACAAAAAUACCUUCUGUGACCUUUGAAAAUAGUCUGAUUGGCAAGAAGAAGGGUUAUGAAAAUGUUUUACUUGUAGUUAAUUUUUCGGAACUCUACAUAAGAGCGAAAAUAAAGCAGAUUUUCAAUACAACAAAGCCAAUUAUGAAGACAAUUCUUUUGCCUGGAAGUAAAUUUAAAAUUUAUAAGAGAAGUUAUUACGAUCAUAGAUUUUUGGGCACUGUUCUGGAAAUCAAGUUAGAUUACAUUCGCGAGAGUAAUGACAAAUUCAAAUGGUACCAAAAAAUAAUGAAAACUAUUUCGGAAAUUCAAUUGUAAUCUAAUAAUUGUCAUAAUUAAAAAAAAUUAAUUUUACUAAUAAUCAAUUCAUAAAAAAACCAAUUUAGUUGAUUAAUAAAUUAAUUAAUUAAAAAGUAAUAAACACGUUGAUUUAAUUAAUUAAGAAAUAAUUAUUAAUUAUCUAUAUUAAUAAUUAAUUAAUAACUAUGAAAUUACAAUAUAUUAAAAUAAUUUUUAUCUAUAAUUAUUAUAACACUAAAUUAUAUUCCUAAGUUUUCUCUUAAAUUCCUUCAAAUAUCAACUAAAAGUUGUAUAAAUUAUUGUAAUUCAGAAAAUUUUAUUACAAAAUUUUUCUAAAUAUCAA